CCGACGCGUCUGCGUGGGCGGGAAGUCCAGGCCCGCCUCAGUCUCCGUGGCAACUGCCCGGCGUCGGCCGUUAGGUAGCCGGUGGGGGCGUGGCUCAUGGCCCUAGUGUCCCGGUCCCGCUGUCCAGAGGACGCCGCGGGCUCUCGGAAGCAGCGACGCAGCUCGUCGGGGAGCCCGCUGUCCGCACAGGCCAGUCGCUCCCCUUGGGGAGGCCGCUCCCGAUCCCGCUCUCACUCCCGCGGCCGCGAGGGUCCCAGGUCUCCGUGGGGGGCGUCGGGCGUUGGCGCCCCAUGCGGGCUGGGCCGCUCUGAGUCUCAGGAACAGCCGCCCGGGUCCCGCAACUACGCGGUCUUGUUUUCUUCCGUCUACAGUGGCGGAUACCGCUACCAUCACCACCACUAUGCGGGCGACCGGCAGUGGGCCCGAGAGUAUGAGAAGGAGGAGGAGGAGAGCUAUCGGCAGAGGAGGCUGAAAGAAAGAGAAAGGAUUGGGGAGCUGGGAGCUCCUGAGGUGUGGGGGCUGUCUCCAAAGUUUCCUGAGCCGGAUUCUGAUGAACACACCCCAGUGGAGGAGGAAGAGGUAAAGACUCAGGAGACCAGCAGUUCGGAUUUCAGCUCCGAAGAAAAAGGGAAUACCAGUCGUUCAAAAAGCAAGAAAAAAAGAAAGAGAAAGUCCAAAAGGAAACAUAGGAAACACUUUCAUAAUAGUGAUAGUAAUUCAGACUCUGACACUAAUUCUAGCACUGAUGGUAAAAAGAGGGCUAAAAAAGCCAAGAAGAAGGAAAAGAAGAAGAAACACAGGGCAAAAAGAACCAAGAAAAGGAAGAAUAAGAACACUAAAAAAGAAUCCAGUGGCUCAAGCUUUAAAGAUUCAGAAGGGGAGUUGCCAGAAGAUAUCUGGAUUAAGCAGUCAAAGAUUGCAGAUAUCAUGGAUAUAAUAGGUCCAGAAGCACCUGUAAUACACGCCUCUCAAGAUGAGAAGCCUUUGAACUAUGGCCAUGCUCUGCUCCCAGGUGAGGGUGCAGCAAUGGCUGAGUAUGUAAAAGCUGGAAAGCGAAUCCCGCGAAGAGGUGAAAUUGGGCUGACAAGUGAAGAGAUUGCUGCAUUUGAAUGCUCAGGUUAUGUCAUGAGUGGUAGCAGGCAUCGUAGAAUGGAGGCUGUACGACUGCGUAAAGAGAACCAGAUCUACAGUGCUGAUGAGAAGAGAGCUCUUGCAUCCUUUAACCAAGAAGAGAGACGAAAGAGAGAGAAUAAGAUUCUAGCCAGUUUCCGAGAGAUGGUGUACAGAAAGACAAAAGGGAAAGAUGACAAGUAAGGACUUUUUGUACAGUGGGACUUUUAACAAUUUUUAUGUGGCCAAAAUAAUAUGAAAAGACUUAAUGGUGCUACUAGAUCUACAAUGUUAGGAAGUCCUUCAAGGAAAAGCUGAGAUCUCUUUUUUUAUUUUUUAACUUAAUAUGUGCACAUGGUUUAAAAAAUAUUCAAACACUACAGUAGGAGUUAAUAAAAGCUCUUUCCCCCUAGUCCCUAAUUCUUACCAAAGAAUUCUUUUCGAUGUCUUUUAUAUCUGCUCAUAAGUUCUUUGUAUAUGCAAGUAUAUUGAAGGAUAAAGGUUGGAGCUAUUAACCUGAAGGUUAUUUUCCUUGUUGCUCUGUCUUCUCUCUCUCUCGAAGGGCCUUAUGGAGCCUUUCAUUUGCCCCAAGGAUGAUCAGAAGAACCCCAGAAAGAACAAAGGAUUCAAUUG